AUGUACGAUAGUGAUGACAAGAUAGGUAGUGAUGUGGAUGAGAAAAUUGAGGUGGACUCACAAGAUGCUAUUAAUGCACCUCUGGCUCAUUUAACAAGACAAACGCCACCAGAACUGCCAUUAAGAGGCAAUAUUCCAUUGGAUGGAGACGCUCCACCGCCGUCCUAUAACAACAAUACCAGCGUGGGUGCAUCUAGUUACAUGAAUAUGGAUAAACAGAUUAGUAUUGAUCAGGACAUCAGAGACAAAAUUGCAGGAUCACUCACUCAAGUGGAAACAAAUUCAACUUCAGAUUCUGAUACUUCUGAUGAGGAAGAGCUAACAAUGGAAGAUGUCUAUACGAACAUAGACAAAAUGAUUCGGAGAGAUGGUGAAAUGGGUGUUAUUUUACCGUUAAGGGCAAGUAUACUAGAAUCGUACCUCUCUCCUCUAUUGAUGAUCUUUUCACAAGUUCCAAAAUUUAGUAAUUUGAUGUUAAAGCAUGAAUACCUCAAGUUUCCUUAUAAACCGAACUGGUGGAAUAGGGAACAAUGCUCAAUUGACUUGCCACUGAUACAGGAAAUAGAGAGGCUGGUAGCAUUUUUGAGAGAUGAUUCUAAUAGGGCUUUUGCUUCUCUAUACAACCUAAUUCACUCCAUAAAUAAAUUAAAUGAUAAGGAAAUCGAAACCAUCAAUGAGUUCCUAGCAUUUUCUCUCAACCAAGUUUCCUCAUUCUUAGGCUCUAUUAAUGGUGAUUAUCAAGCUACAUUUGAUAGUAUGUUUCGUAUGGUAUGUGUGCCCGAUGAUGAUAUCGAUCAGGAACAUCAAAUCUUUGCAAUUCCUAUUGUACAAGAAAAUAUAACAUCUAAUGUUCAUGAUACAAUCGGAAAUCGGUUAGUGGAAAGAGAAAGAGAACAUUACGGAGAAGUCACUAGAAGAAUUUACUUCAAAACUUUACCCGACAUUGUCAACGUUGUAUUUGAACCAGGUAUGAAUAUCCCAUCAUCAGGUAUGAAUAUAGAGGAGAAAUUAUAUUUGCAGAUGUACACCUUGGAAAACAAAGAUAUUUUAACCAGCUACGAUGAUGAAAUUCGCCAAAUUAAAGCAAGGCAGAGAGAGUUGACUCAAAAGCAGUUUAAGAUGAGUGCGUUUUCAGGUAAAAGUGUUCGGAAAUUUUUAGACGAUGCAAGGCGCCAUCUUUCAACCGAAUCCACUAGGAUUGGAAUAGAAGAAUCUAGCCUUAUGGAUGGAGAAGUUGAGUUUCCAGUUAAAGAUAAGUAUCUAGGAGCAGCCCAAAACAUUGAAAUAAUUGCGGAUAACAUCAAGAAAUCUUUGAAGGAAAUAGAAAGUGAAUUUCGGGCUCUCAAUGCCAAACUAGUGGAAUUGAGAGAUAAUCAAUUCUCACUUGAUAAAGUGUCUCAAGAGAGAAAAGAUACCUUUGAGGCGCAUAUUCUAACUGGUGUCAUAGUGAGCUCAACUCAAUUCUUUUUGCGCAGUCGGAAAACAGGUGGCUGGAAAGCUAUUGUAAUAGAUGAUGAAACAUGCAAAAUGUACAAAGUAUUUGAUAUUACGUUUGAAGAGAUUUUGGAGAUAAUCAACGAGUACGUACAAGAUGGAUUUAGUGAUGGCUUGGUGCUGACCUAUGUCGAAGAAGAUGUUUUCGCUCAGGGCGAAUUUGAACCACUCAAUAACUCACUAAAAGAAUUCAUUAAGAAGGACAAUGCCAAACUAAAGGAACAUGUCGAAUUCAUUAAUUCGGGUGGAGACUAG